AUGGCAAAAUUUGUUUGUUUCUUUGUUUCUUUGUUUCUUUCUUUCUUUCUUUCUGCAUAUCCUAACGCACCCAUAUGUUUGCAUCGUAUCUACGAACGCACUUUUUCUUUCUUUCCCUAUUUCUCUAUUUGUAGAUGUUUUUAUUUGCAGACAUUUUUCUUCUUUCUUUCUUUCUUUUUUCUUUGGUUUCUGUAUAUUUUCUCACGUCACUCUGUUUACGUCGUAUAUACAAACGUUUUUCUUUCCUUUUUGUUCCUUUUUUGUUUGUUUCUUUCCUUUUUUUCUUUCUUUUUUCUUUCUUUCUUUCUUUCCUUUUAUUUCUUUUUUCUUUCUUUCUUCCUUUUUUCUUUGGCUUCUUUAUUUUUUCUCACGUCACUCAGUUUACGUCGUAUAUACAAACGUUUUCCUUUCCUUUUUGUUUCUUUUUUCUUUCUUUCUUUCCUUUUUUCUUUCUUUUUUCUUUCUUUCUUUCUUUCCUUUUUCUUUCUUUUUUCUGUCUUUCUUUCCUUUUUCUUUCUUUCUUUCUUUUUUCUUUGCUUUCUUUAUUUUUUCUCACGUCACUCUGUUUACGUCGUAUAUACAAACGUUUUUCUUUCUUUUUCCUUUCUUUCUUUCUUUUUUCUUUUUUGUCUGUCUUUCUUUCCUUUUUCUUUCUUUCUUUCUUUCUUUCGACAUAAAUCUUUCUGUCCGCGAUGCAUCUACGCACGUUAUACUUUCAUUUUGUUUUCAUGUUUCUUUUCUUUUUCAUUAAUUCUUUCUUCCUUUUUUACGUUUUUCCUCCAUAACUUUCAUAGAUGCAUCUACAAAUACUUACACUUCUUUUUGUAUUCUUUCUUUUUGCUUUCUUUCUUUCUUCCUGUUCUAAUUAUUCUUUCUCUAUGCGAUGCUUCUAGAAACGUUUUUCUUUUCUUUUUCUUUCUUUAUAUCCUUCUAAAUCUUUGCUUGCAAUGCAUCUACAAACGCUGUUUUUCUUUUGCGUCCUUUUUUGCCUUUCUUUCUUUUUUCACUGUUUUUGUAUUCUUUCUUUUUUCUUUCUUUCUUUCUUUCUUUAUUCGUAUCCUCCUCACAUCUUCUUCUUUUUUUCUUUCUUCAUAUCUUCAUAAAUAUUUCUGUUUGCAAUGCAUAUAUGAUUUUUCUUUUUGCUUUCUUUCUUUCUUUCUUUUUUCUUUUAGAUUUAUUUCUUUGUUUGUUUGUUUGUUUCUUUCUUUCUUUCUUCAUACCCUCAUAAAUCAUUCUGUCUGCAACGGAUCUACUCAGGUUUUUCUUUCUUUUUACCUUCCUUCUUUUUUCUUUCUUUUUUUUUCUUUCUUUCUUUCUUUCUUCGUAUACUCAUAA